AUGGAGAUUCCACUACCAGGUGAACUGCGUUGUGAGCUUACAGUGAAGGCAGGAAGACCGCUCGAAAGCUGCCGCGAUAAAGGUGUUGCGCUGUCGUUUAACAUCUCGGUUUCAGAAGGCUACGAUGUUCUAAGAGCUAAAGUCAAGUCGGCUUUUGCUACAAAGGAGCGCCUAACCUGGAACGACGGACUUGAUGUAUACAUCUGA